AUGGAUUGGGAAUUGAAUUUUUACAUACUUUGUUCUACUAUAAUCUUUUUAUUAGCUUUUAUCUUCAUGAUACCAAAAAAAUCCUCUUUUUCUAAGUACAAUUUACCUCCAGGACCAUAUGGAUUACCAAUUUUUGGUAACAUGUUUGAUCUUGCUGGAUCAGAACCAUACAAAAAAAUUGCAAGUUUAAAAGACAAAUAUGGCCCUAUUUUGUGGCUAAAAAUUGGUCCCUUAAUGAACACAAUGGUAAUUCAAACAGCAAAUUCAUCAAGUGAAUUAUUCAAGAAUCAUGAUGUUACAUUUUCAGACAGGAACAUAGUUGAUGUUAAUUUAGCACAUAAUUUCUAUAAAGGGUCAAUGGCUUUAGCUCCCUAUGGUAAUUAUUGGCGAUUUUCAAGGCGAAUUUGUACCAUGGAAAUGUUUGUACAUAAAAGGAUAAACGAGACAACACUCAUUAGAAAAGAAUCGAUGAAUAAAAUGCUUGGAUGGAUUGAGAAAAAGGCGACCUCGGGAGGAGGGGUACUAGAGGGGAUUGAGGUGACACGUUAUGUGUUUCUAGCAUCGUUUAAUAUGUUAGGUAACUUGAUUUUGUCUAAGGACUUAGUGACGGAUCCAGAAUCUGAACAAGGGUCAAUGUUUUUUAACGCGAUGAUAGGGAUCAUGGAAUGGUCCGGCGUUCCGAAUAUUUCGGAUAUUUUUCCAUGUCUAAAAAUGUUUGAUAUACAAGGUUUAAGAAAAAAAAUGAAACGUGAUAUGGGAAAAGCUAUAGAAAUUACUAAGAAAUUUAUUGAAGAACGUAUCGAAGAAAGAAAAAAAGGUGAAGAAAAUAAAUCAAUUAAAGAUUUAUUGGAUGUUUUGCUUGAUUUUGAAGGAAGUGGAAAAGAUGAACCAGCUAAAUUAUCAGAACAUGAAAUCACAAUUAUUAUAUUGGAAAUGUUUCUGGCUGGAACAGAAACGACUAGCAGCAGUGUGGAGUGGGCAUUGACUGAGCUAUUGCGCCAUCCACAAGCAAUGACCAAAGUGAAAUUAGAAAUUUCACAAGUAAUUGGUCCUAAUAAAAAGUUCGAAGAGCGUGAUAUAGACAGUCUACCUUAUAUGCAAGCCAUUCUCAAGGAAUCGUUACGUUUACAUCCUCCACUCCCUUUCUUAAUUCCAAGAAAAGCAAUUCAAGACACAAAGUUCAUGGGGCACGACGUACCAAAAGGGACUCAAGUGCUUGUGAACGUCUGGGCAAUUGGAAGAGAUCCUGAAUAUUGGAACGACCCGUUUGAGUUCAAGCCUGAGAGGUUUCUUGAAUCAAAAGUAGACGUUAAGGGGCAAAAUCACGAGUUAAUUCCAUUUGGUGCUGGACGAAGGAUGUGUGUUGGGCUUCCUUUAGGUCAUUGUAUGAUGCAUUUCACGUUUGGAUCGUUGCUUCAUGAAUUCGAUUGGGAGCUUCCUCAUAAUGUUUCUCCUAAGUCCAUUAACAUGGAGGAGAGUAUGGGAAUUACAGCAAGGAAAAAACAACCUUUGAAAGUGAUACCAAAAAGAGCUUGAUAUUAGUUGUGUAUUUAUAAGUUCUUAUGAAUUAGUAUUGGUUUGGUUGAAAGUCAUUGAGAUUGGUAGUCUCUUAUAUCAAAUCAUGUAAAUUUAUUAAGGUUUGAAUGAUUUAAUGAGUUGAGAAUGUAUGUUAAUUGAUCAUGAUUAAGUGUU